UCAAGUCCAGAACUUAUGUUAUCUUGUAAAAAUAAUUCUAGGUCUUCUACGAACAGAGAAAAAAGUAGUGGCGACAUUAUCCCCCCUUGUCUUAAACCUACAGCAUACUCUUUAAAGAAAGCAGCUCAUCAAGCACAAUGUGGCUAUAAUACAGAUGUAAUAAGUCAAGAAGUAAACAAAAUGGCAACCGGAGGUCAACCACAGACGCCAGACAACCGUAUAUUUUUGUUUCGGUUACAAAUACUAGUCAUUGAUGGUGGCCUUCUGGUUUUGAGAAAUAUAAUGGACCAGUCCCUGACAUCUCAAUGCAUAACGUUCAGUGCGUGCUUGAAUCUAGAGAAGUCAACAAUAACACGUUUGAAAAGCCGCGGCGUUAUAACCCAGGUCCAAUAUGACGUGUUGUUUCCAGCGGGUGGUAAAGUCCCAAUUUCGUCAGAUUUGGACAUCACGCUGAUUAUUUGUCUUCUUAGAAACCUGAAAUGUUUUGGAUUAAAUAAAAAAUUUGACUGGAGGGCAACACCAGCACCAACCGAUGUAACGAUGGAAGCAGACAUAUGUCGGUUAAAGGAUUUCCGAAAUAAAAUAAGUCACAUAUCAACAACGACUGCAAUACAACACACUGAUUUUACAGCUUGGUGGAAUGAGAUUGAACAGAUACUUGUUCGUCGAAGUUCUCCAGCUUUGAAUAUUCAGCAAACAAUCGGCAAAUUCAAAACCUGCCCUCUUGAUCUAGAAGAAGAGAGAAGAAUCCAGAAAGAAAUAGAAAAGUGGAAGGACUAUAAAGACGAUGUUGACCGACUAAAACAGGAAAUGACAGACGUGAAGAAAGACCUUGAAGACGUAAAAGAAAGUGAUACUGCAGUGAAGAGAGACCUUGAAGACAUAAAGGAAAAUGUAACUGAUGUGACGAGAGACGUUGAAGACAUAAAGGAAAAUGUAACUGAUGUGACGAGAGACGUUGAAGACAUAAAGGAAAAUGUAACUGAUGUGACGAGAGACGUUGAAGACAUAAAGGAAAAUGUAACUGAUGUGAAGAGAGACGUUGAUGAAAUCAAAAGACGGCAAGGGGCAGAUGAAACAAGGCAGGGCAGACAGAAGAAAGCAAACAUUUUUCAGAGGUUUUUAGAGUGGAGACGUUAUAACCGGAUGAAAACAAGUAAAAUUUUACUUAAAUACGCUAUGCAUGUGACUUUCCAGAAUUGAUAUACAGUCAAACCAUUGUUAGAGACAAACUCAGAUUUAAGACCCAGUAGUUAAGACCACUUUUUUAGAAACCUUCAUUGAAAAAUGUCGUUCCUAAUAAAUACCUUUUGUCAUUCAAUGCCAUGCAUGUUCUCUCUUUGGAUGGUCCUUAUUUACCAGUUUGACUGUACUGUACUUGACUUUUUGCGGGAAAAAUCAUGUUUCCGUUCCCGUUCCAGUCCAUAACAAUAUGUUGUUGUUAAUGUUUUGUUGGAGUAUUCCUUACUUUGUGUCAUCCGAUGAGUAAGAAAAUAUCAAGUGUGACUCCCGCUAGGCGGUGCUUAUUAUCAUUAUUUUAUUUUUUUAUGUACACACGAUUUCUUCACCUGCAUAAACAUAAUAACUGAAGACGUGAAAUUAUUUUAAUAGAAUGUAACUUGAUAUACAAGUUUGCUAAUGUCUUGUAUCAAUAAAGUACAGGAAAAUUCAACAGCAUCCUAACUAGAAUAAAAAUUGAGCCGCGUCAUGACAAAACCAACAUAAUGGGUUUGCGACCA